CUCAACACAACACAUUAUCCAGUUCCAGCUAGCAGUGUGGCAAUGGCGAUGGCCAAGCUCGUCGUCCUUCUCGUGGCUCUCGCGGCCGCCGUCGGCUCCUGCAGCGCGUGGGAGCUGAACAUCCGGAUGCCGACGGCGCGGGACGUGGAGGCGGCGGCGGAGCGCCUCGAGGAAGACGUGGCGGCGCCGCUGAUCCACGCGCUGCGGCCCGUGCUGGGCUCCGGCGGGCAGCUGUGGCGCCGCGCCGGCGUGCCGUGCGACAGCUGGAGGCUGGCCGUGGAGGCGUACAACAAGCGCGACUGGAGGAUGGUGCCGGCCUACUGCGAGCGCUACGUCGGCCACUACAUGCUCGGGGGCCACUACCGGCGGGACUCGCGCGUGGUGGUUGACGAGGCCAUCGCCUACGCCGAGGGGCUGAAGCUCGCGGGCAACGGCAAGGAGGUGUGGGUGUUCGACAUCGACGAGACGUCCCUCUCCAACCUCCCCUACUACGCCACCCACGGCUUUGGGACGAGGCCGUACAACGCGACGAGCUUCAACGAGUACGUCCUGGAGGGGAGCGCGCCGGCGCUGCCGGAGACGCAGCGGCUGUUCUAUAAGCUCAUCGCGCUCGGCAUCAAGCCGGUGUUCCUGACGGGCCGCACCGAGAACCAGAGGGCCAUCACCGUGAAGAACCUCCGCCGCCAGGGCUACGCCAGCUGGGACAAGCUGCUGCUCAAGCCCAUCGGGUUCAAGGCCACCGCCAUCGCCUACAAGUCCGGCGAGCGCCAGAAGCUCCAGAACGCCGGCUUCAUCAUCGUCGGCAACAUCGGCGACCAGUGGAGCGACAUCCUCGGCGCGCCAGAGGGCGCGCGCACCUUCAAGCUGCCCGACCCCCUGUACUACAUCGGCUAAUUGUGCUAGAGGCCGCCUACCAUCGAUCCAACGGCUGCCCAGCUCUCCCUCGUUCCAUACGUCCGUCCGAUUGGUCCUUUUUCGUCAUGAACUGCUUUUAGUAUCUUCUGAGCUUGGUUAGCUCCUUAUCGUCUCUUAAUCGUGUCGGGUUAGUUUCUGCGUUGAGAUUGGCAAUAAGACGUAUUGGAGAGCUAUUGACGAUUAAAUGGAUAAUAAUUGUUGAUGGAUGA